UUCUCCGAAAACGUACUACAUAAUUCGCAGAUUAUUAAUUAUCAGCGGAUUUCUGUGAUCGCGUAAUUUAAUUGAAGCAAUUGCACGAAGAUCACCUUUCGCGCGUUGUCAUGGAGACAGAUUAAACUCUUUUUGGUAACUCGAAUAAACAAAGUCCUAACCUAUCAAUCGAUUCAAUCAAUCGUUCGAGAUGGAUGAUCGUUGGUUUGAGUGUGUUAAAAGCGCUGAGAAAUCGGCUUUGGUGCAGGGAAACACGAAGAAAGUCCACUACCACUUCGAGAAUGGCAGGGAGAUGGUGGAGGAGUACAACCUGGAUACGAAUGUGCUCAGCCGCAGAGCCUGGAAGAUCAACAAUGAGAUGGGUGGUGAGGGGGAUUGGGACAUCGAGGUUGGGGAUCCAAUGCCUGCUGGAUUGAAGGCAUCCAAUGAUUUGAUCUCAGAAGAUGCGAAUUCCCCUUUCAUUACAAGGAGAGUGACCAAGAGGAAUCUGGAGUGGAGGAUAAGGAAUCUGCCGUAUCCUGUAGAUAUUUAUUCGGUGACUGCUGAUGAGGAGGGAAGGUGCAUCACAGUGAGAACUUCCAAUAAGAAAUACUUUAAGAAGAUUGAUGUGCCUGAGCUGAGGAGGUGCAAGUUGCUGCCUGAGCAGGAUAAGAUCACAUUCAAUCAUAAAUUCAAUACGCUGAUUAUAACUUAUGCUAAACCGACGGAGUUGGUGGAAAUGGAGAAGGCUAUAUACGAGAUGGUGAAGGAGGUGCAGCCGCAGAGGAUGGCUAGUGGUUGUCCGGACGUGAACGAAUGUAAGCCAAGUUAAAAAUAAAAUAGAUUUAUUUAAAAUACUCUCGUAUAGCGAUAACAAAGUGCGUCUUCUUGUUAAUUUGAUUA